AUGGACCUACAUAAAAAGUGGAUUCUUGGACCAAUGGUCAAUUUUACGAAUCUUCCUUUUAGAUUAACAUGCCUUGAUUAUGGAGCUGAUAUAGUAUUUACUGAGGAAAUAAUGGAUUUUAAUAUAUUAAAGACAAAUAGGAUAUUUAAUGAGAAAUCUGGAAUAUAUGAAUAUACUGACGAUAGAAAUUCUGUAAUAUUCUCUACAAAUCAAAAUGAAAAUGGAAAGGUUAUUUUUCAAAUAGGUACAUUUUGUUCUGUAAAUGCACUAAAAGCUUGCGAACAUAUUAUUAACGAUUUCUGUGCCUUUGAUAUUAACAUGGGUUGCCCAAAAUUAUAUAAUAUACGUCGUGGUAUGGGAUCUGCUUUGCUUCUGAAACCUGAAAUAGCUGAAGAUAUACUUAAAUGUUUGAAUAGAAAUCUUCCUAAAUGUUCCAUAACUUGUAAGAUCAGAUUACUCGAUGACUUUAAAAAGACUUUAGACUUUAUUAGAUUAUGCUCCAAUUGUAAUAUUUCAGGAAUUACAGUACAUGCUCGUACUCCAAAAGAAAAAUACGAUGUAUUUCCACACUGGGACAUAUUUCCACUAAUUAAAAGUGAGCUUUCAUCUUGCAUACCAGUAAUUGCAAAUGGCGAUUUUUCUUCUGCUAGCUUAAUUAAUAGUUUUGAAUCUAAAUUUCCAAAUGCUGUUGAUUCCUUUAUGUUAUCAAGAUCUGCUAGGCAUGAUCCAUCUAUCUUUUUACAAAAGUUAGAAUGGAAACAGAGGGUACAAGGAUCAAUUGGUGAUAUGAAGAUAGAUAUAAUUACUGAUAAAUAUGACUGUAUUAAAAAAUUUUUAAAAUAUGCUAUAAUUACAAAUUUACCGUUUAAAUCUACUAAAAAUAUUAUAGCUUAUAUGAAACCUGUCCAUUGUCAUAGUAAUGCCUUAAAUAAAAUAAAUGGUGCAAAUUCUAAGCAUAAACUAUUGGAUAUAUUUAAUAAUUCUAACCAAUAA